ACAAGUAGAGCGACUUUGUUAAUUAUAUACCUAAAUAUAGAAACACGUAAUGAUACAUUACAAACGUAUAAUAAUAUAUAAAUAUCGGAAAUAACUACUAUGGAUAUUAAAUAUUUCAGUUACAAAUGGGAUAUUGUUUUCAUAUUAUAGUAAACAUGAUUGUAGGGAUAUAUGAGUAACAACAACUUUUUUACUGUUACAAUUUGUCACUUUAAUUCAUAUGUUCAGCAAUGGCGGGGUGCAAUUCAAAAUUUGAGGACACAAGAUUUCAAAAUUGGAUUAAAGCCACUUAUGCAGGAAAUAUUGCAAAAGAAGGGCUAGAAGAUUUUGUGUUUACUGUAAUUGCCAAAUUUCAUAGCGACAUUCUUGAAGAUAUUUCAGUAAGCGAACAUAAAAUCAGAAACAGAAUCGAUUGUUCUGAUUGCUCUAUAGAAAAUGUUCUAAAUUGUCAAACUAACGGUAUAUGUGACAUCAAAUUUGGUAAGUGUUCCUUCCAUAACAGUGAAAAGAAAAAGCCCCGCCUUUGUGAGAACCGAAUCUGCAAUAAAAUAAGAGAUGCCAUUAAGAGUAGCCACAAUUAUAGAAAUCCGUCUUGGAAAAACACUCAAACAGAGCAGUGGUGUAGAAGCCCUUGUGAAAUAUUAAAGUGUUAUUUGCCACGUGAUGGAUACAUGGCUGUGACGUCAGUACAGAUGAUGGACUUCAAUGGUCUGCUGAAUGUGAUGACAAACCACAAAGCUUUCGGUGACAUCGUUGACCAGAAUCUUUGCAUUUUGAUUAAAGACUCGGGAAAACAAUUGCGACAUUCGCCUGAUCUGUAUGUUGAAAACAGUGAUCUAGAAGACUAUCUUGGUGCCCUAAUCAAGCUUCUCAAGUCUUCAGAUCCAAAGAGCACCAACAAAAAGACAAAAGAAGCAAUAGAAAAGAUACGGAAGUUACAGGUGGAACAUUUGUCGAUAUCUACAAAUGACAUGAUUGCAGUUCUUCAGAAGCUCAUUGAGGAAAAGGUACACUGCUCAUUGCAACAAGUUGAGGAAACUAGCAAGAAAUGUAUUGAAAAUAUGAAAUCUGCCCUCAAAGAGAUAAAAGCGUCAUUAUCACUACCCUCUAGAGGAACGAAACGAACGCAGGAACCUCCGAGUGAAACUACGGCAGCAAAAAGGGUCAAUACUUCUACAAGAGGAGAUAUCCAGCCCGUUCAUUUCCUAAGCCCCCUUGCUUAUCACAUGUUAACAGACGAACAGUACGAGACUAUCAGGAAUAUAUUCAAAGAGGACUUGCUCUUAUUUAACAGCUCUAAAAAUGGCACAAUUCCACUUUCACCUCUGUUCGAGAAGCUUGACGCACAGACCUUGGAUAUCUAUGUUUUACCAGACAUGUUUUCAGUUGAAGUAAAGAAAUCAAAGCUUGGAGGAAGUGAAAUAAAGUACCCAGUAGAGUCACUUGAAGGUGUUUUCAGAAAACAAAGUUCAAAUUGUAAAGAAAUCUAUUUGACUGCCGAUGCUGGACUUGGCAAAACCGCAUUUUGCAAAUAUCUUGUAAUGAUGUGGUGCCAGGCUCAUGAUAUAAAUCAUGCACAUUCGGAGGACAAUCAAAACACGGAUGUUGGUUUUAUGAGGAACUUUGAUUUCCUUUUCCUCAUAUCUUUACGUGAGUCACGUGUACACUGCGAUGUUGACGACAUGAUAUUCAAACUCAUUGUUUCUCAAUUCUCUCAUUCAUCUUCGUAUCCAAUACAAAUCCUGCAGGAAAUACUGCACCGCGAAAACUGUCUAGUAAUUCUAGAUGGUUUAGAUGAAUGGACACAUCGUGAUGAUACGGAUUGUGUAAUACAACCAACAUGUGUCCCUCAUAGAAAGGCACGCGAAAGAUGCACAAUUUUAACGACGUCCAGGCCAUGGAAACUUAGCAUGAUGGAUAUUAACAGAAGUCAAAUUCACCAUCAAAUUGAAAUGAUUGGGCUUAGCGAGUUGGGAAAAGAUAUUCUGAAGAGAAAAGCACUAUUGAGGGUCAAUGCAAACAGUAAUGAAUGUUCUACUGACUCUGACGUAAGUGAUCCGGACGGAGAUGAACUUGCAAGCGACAUUGAUGAGUUAGAAAAAGUUCCAAUGCUUUUGAUGUAUCUGGUAUGCAUACGCAGUGAAGGCAAACCACUCCCAAGAUCAAAAUGUGAGCUCUUUAGUCAAAUAAUUGACCUCAAACUUUCCCGAAACAAACGUAGAAUAGCUAUGUUGAGUUUAUUGCCACAAUCAGGGAUAAACAACUUGCCAGGAUGUUUGGCCUCACUAUCCAGUUGCAUACAAUAUGUAGACGAACUGAUGGCUAUAGGCAAAUUGGCAUUUUAUACGCUCUUCUCCGAAACGAGGGAAAAUACCAUUGUGUUCGACAGUUCAAAAGCCAGAGAGUUUAUAUGUCAGCAACAUUUAAGCUUUGGUCUCUCGUCUGGGAUAUUGACACAGUCAGAAAUCACUGGAUAUAUGCUUUGUCAGAAGUCAAGCGUUUGCUACACUCACAAGAUAUUUCAGGAAUUCUUCGCAGCACUCUACGUGUCAACAUCUGCAUACGAGACAGAGGUGAUGACAAAACUACAAUCAGUUUGCUCAUCAAUACAAAGGAUUCUAGAAAUGUCGAAUGUUUUUAUCUUUUUAAGUGGAAUGAGCACUCGUCUGUCUGAACGUAUCUCAAAAAAGUUAGUGACGUAUGUCUCCAAUGAUGAUAUAACUCGAAAAUAUCGGAGAACGGAGUCAUUUUGGGAUUAUUUUACUGUAGAGGAACCACUUAAGCGCUAUCAAGGUAUACUUAUUGCUUGCCUCAGAGAACAUGCAAAGAACAUCGGCAAGCAACUCAAUCUAUGUCUACAGGACUUUAUCAUAGACUCUGAUUGCCAAGAAGAAAACUACAUAUCUGCUUUGAAAUCUUUGGCUCUUUUCAACAAGGAUGAAAUAAAAUCUCUCAACAUUGAAUUAGAAGGUACGCCUUGUCUACAUGACAUAAUGAUGUCAUUUCAACUGAAUGAUGUUCGAGGUAUUGAACACGUGUACUUAAGAGGUGAAUGUUCUGAGGUCGAAUUAUGUCAUUUGCUUUCCGGAUCUGUGGAUACACUCAAAAGUGUGGCUUUUUUGUCGCGAAGAUGGCAAUCUAACCAUUUCGAGGGGGAAUUUAGCAUGUGGUCUCACAAGUUGUGUACCAUUUUGCAGGACAUGGAGAGAUUAGAGGCAAUCCAUCUGAACUGCUUUAUGAUUGAUCAUAAACAUUUGGAGGAAUUACUGCUUUUUCUGUCCAAAAGAAGUAACAUGAGGGAAAUUAUACUGGGUAAUAUCCCCUGUCAUGAACAUUUAGAUGAGUGUGCUGGUUUCGCACUUGACCUCUCUAAACUUUCGCAUCUUAGAACAUUGAGACUGCACAAUGUAUCAUUGUCGCACUUACAGAUAAAUGCCACAUCCCUGGAGCAAGUUAGUAUUGGACGACUACCAUGCAGUCAGUCGAAUGUCCUCUCAACUUAUCUCGGCUACCUCUCGGAUGCUCCAAAGCUUGAAAGAUUCCGCUGUAGUUUUCUUGAGUCUUCAAGAGAUGUUGACGAAAUCCUGCGAGUCAUAACGAAGCUUGUUCAUUUGAAAGAUCUUCGGCUUCAUUGCAUUGAUUUAGGCCGAAGGUCGUUGAAGUUAUCAACCGGCAUGACGGACAUCCAAUGUGUCCAUUUGUCUGAAGUCACGAUGUCAAGUUUAGCAUUUCACGAUUUGAUUAAAACAUUGAUGGCUUUUGAGCAGGCAGUGCUCGUAGUACUUGUCAACUGUGUUAUAGGUUCUGAUAAUGAAUACGCAAUGAUCAGGAGAUCAAUUAGAUCGAACGAGAAACUCGUAGUAACAUUCAGUGGACGUAAUCAAUGGGAAAACGACGAGUUUUCUUUUAGAACAGUUGAAAAGAGAAUGAAAUAACAUAUUUGGUGUAAAAUAAGAUUUCAUUUUGAUAUUUAUUCUCAGGGUGCACAUGUAUAUAUUAAUUUUGCCAAUUUAAUUAUAUUACUGUUCAGACCUUAAUUCCAAUGAGGCCAUUGUUUUAAAGCAUUAGCACCAUACGGCUGCGAAGCAGCCAUAGCUUAUAUAAUUUUGAAUAAGACAUAUGAUUUACUGCGGUACUGCGUUUUGAAAAAGAAAUCUUUUUAAGUUUUGUAUUUUCUUUUGAGAUGAUUUGGAUAGUGCUGUGCGUCUCACAAACUUAAAUAGCCGCCUUUUAUUUAGUAAAGUGAGGUCAUACACGUACUGUUUUAUUUUGGAUACAUUUGGUAACGGGUUUGAUGCAUUACAUUAUGUCUUAUAUACUAGGUUUUUGCUCAAAUGUGAUGUCUUAUCGUUGGUCACUUGCUUAUUAAAAGUUUAUAUAUCGUUUAAUUCGUUUAAUCGGGAGAUGAUAACUUGAUGUUCAUUGCAUCAUGAUAAACCAUUACGAGUAACACUGUCUUUAGAUAAGCAAGACACAUGGAGUCGGAUACCUGGCACAUUACGGCAUUGACUGAAGGAUACUCGUUAUGGCGCAGUAUAAAACAAGUACUACUAGUACCGUGUAACGGACGUAAUGGAAUUUUCGUGCCGUAACGCUUCCCCUUUAAUAUAAACAACUGCGCAUAUCUAAACAGACAUUUGUCUUGGUAGCAUUUUAUUCCGCUCUUCUAAAGAUUAGCAAUACACAGCUGAUUUUAUUCCUUCGCAGCCACUUUACGUGUCCGUAAAAUCUCGCUUGUUUUGUUGGUAGAAACAAAUCAUUAAAAUUGCAUGUUGAGUUUUUUAUCUUCAAUUUGUGUUGACCUACAGUUCUACCUUAAUCACAAGUGUUUAUAAUAAACUGCAGGUACUUAUUGUUAUUUAGAUAUUCUGCCAGCAGAUAUAAUCUUUCAAAAUUUGGAAGACUAAAGUUAAAUUAGCUUAAAGAUAUAGAAAAAGACAAUCUUCAACAUCGUCCAGAAUAGUGUAUUCAUUGAUUUAUAGAUUGGCCUCAUUCAGUGUUUUAAGAGACAACAAAAUUAUUUUGUAAAUAAUAUAAUCACAUAAAUUGAUGCAAUUACCUCGUAUGGAGUAAAAUAUAAAUUGAAAUGAAUUCGUUUAAUAUGCUUCAUAUACGUCUAUGAGCAAUAAAU